AUGUCCAACCGUACUCAAGAUUUGCCACCCCAAGGAGGAUUUCCAGAAAUUAAAUAUCGUCGCUACUUGCCCAAACGCGGUCCUUCUGGUGCCGUGCUACUUUCAGGACUGGUUGCCCUUUCAGCAUACGGUUUUUACAAGGUGGGUGAAGGCAACGUUGAAAAGAGAGAAUUAAAGCGUGAAAACCUUUGGUCUCGCAUUCAUCUCGUCCCUCUUUUAACUGCUGAAGCCGAUCGUGAUGCUUAUCGUCGUUCUGAAGCUGCCAAGGCUCGUGAAGCAGAGAUCAUGAAGAAUGUUGAAGGCUGGAAAGUUGGAGAGUCUGUUUACAACAACACAAAAUACUACACUCCACCAAACUUUGUUAUUGUCCCUGAAGAAAACUAG